UGGUGCAGGUGAAGACAGAAUCACCUACCAGUCCUUCACCUGUGGUGGUGGUGCCAGACCAGAUGGAUGUUCAGGCUGUGGAGGUGACACCUGGACCACCUACCAGUGCAGCAAUCCAGGACACCGUGGAGGACCAGGUGGAGGCAGGUUUUGUGGGGGUGCCACCUGCGUUGCCUACCAGUGCUGAGGUGGACGAGUGCACACCAGGAGUCUCCAAAGAUAAGAACAAUGCUAACCCCAGUCUUUGCAUGUCUCCACAGGAUAGUCAAGCAUCAGUUGUCAAUAGUGAUGGUAACCAUUCCACUACAUUUAGUAAGAGUGUGAGAGGGUCAUUUCAUCAGGGUGAUGAUAGAUUUAAGUAUGGUGGAGUUCAGUGUAUGGCUAUCAGUUUGGUUAGCUUAGCAAAGCACACAAUUGAUAGUGUCUUUUCAUGGCAGACAAAAGAUGUGGACAGAGUUGUACUUUUAGGUGACAAGUUAUACACAGAUUUGAGAGAUGGGGACAUGAUCAGUGGGUCAGCCAGUUAUCUGUGUGUGCCUGAUUUGCCCAGAAAUGCAUGUAUUGAUGGGCAGCAGUUUGAGUUUGAGUUUGGAGAUUUUGUGACUGGAGACGUUGAUGUUGUUGAAGGUGAAUUCAUUGAGGCUGGUGUCUACACUAGCUUAGAGAGUGGGCUGCAAAAGAUUUUUGCAGACUAUGUUACAUGUCUUCUGACAUUGUGUGGCAGCACUUGUGCAGUCAUUUGUCAAAAUGGAGAGUAUGCAGUGUUUGACUGUCAUGCACGCAGUGCUGAUGGUAUGGUCAGUGAAAAGGGAAGAAGUGUUCUGUUGUAUUUUAGUUCACUUGAAGAUGUGUUCAGUCACAUUUGCUGCCUGGCUACUGCCCUCAGUAAGGAGCAAAAGCCUUUUGAAAUAGCUGGUGUUUGUGUUAAGCAAGUCAAGGGCUCAGAAAGUGUGAGACUCACAGAGAGUACAAGUGAGGAAUCUGCUUGUGUUUCAGGCCAGGAGGCAAGAAGAAAACGCAAGAUUUCUUUGAGUCAUUGUAAAGCAAAGAAAUUAAAACAGUAUGAUGUAGCUCAGCUUAAUUCAGAUGUUGAAUUUGUUGGUGAAAUAGUGAACAGCAAUCUGGUGUUUAGUCCUAUUCGUGAGCAGGUUUGUAGGGCCUUGUGCACACAGUUGAAUGUGGAGUUUGAAAAGACCAGUGUACCAGUGUCUGCACGUGUUGGUCUGUUAGGUGCACCGUGCAAAAAAGAGAGUAUAGUUGCGGAUGGGAACUGUUUCUUCAGAGCUAUUUCUCAAGCUGUGAGUGGCACACAAAAGCAUCAUCGCAAAGUAAGACUUGCUAUUGUUAAAGAGUUGAAAAAGAAUGCUGUAACAUAUAGCAACAUUUUGAGACCCGAGUAUUCAUCUGUGUCGGACUAUAUUGAGAAGUCUAAAAUGAGAAACGUUAACAGCUGGGCUACAGAAGUCGAAAUACAAGUAACUGCAGAUUAUUUAGGAGUUGAUGUAUUUACAUUUUAUGAUGGCCGUUGGUUGAAGUACAGUUGUAAUGGUAAGCUGUUUUCAAAAGACGGCAUCUAUUUAGAAAAUUGCAGUGGAAAUCAUUAUGAAACAGUGGUUUGUGUUCAUGAGCCUGAACUGCACAGUUGUUAUGGUUACUGUAAAACCAGUGCAUUGUUUGACAAAGGGUACAAUACUAGAUCUCAAAGUAAGGAUAAUAGUACUUUUUCUUUCAAACACACCAUGCAGCAUGCUAAAGAUCACACACAGGAUCACACAUUUUGUGCAGAUACAGCAGUAUUAGAUACAGAUGCUUCCGAUGAGGUUGUGAAUGACAGUCGGGUGACUUUUAGCUUUAAUCCACUCUCUAGUGAAGUUGCACAAACUUUAUGCUGUAAAUUUAAUGUUGAUUUUGAAAAGCAGGCUGUCAAAGUACACUCUGUAUCUGGGGAUUUAGGUGGUGUUUGUAAGACAGACAAGGUUGUAGAGGAUGGUAAUAGUUUCUUUAGAGCUUUAUCUCAGGUAAUCAGUGGUUCUCAGAAAAGCCAUCGUAAGAUUAGGCUUGCUGUUGUUAAGUAUAUGGAGAAUCACAGUGAAGAACACAUGACAUUAGUGGGAAAUGAAUAUGCUUCUGUAUCAGAGUAUGUUGCAAAGUCACAGAUGAAGUAUGUUGGGCAUUGUGCUACUGAGACAGAAUUUCAGGCAGCAGCAAAUGCUUUAGGUUUGGACAUAUUUAUCUGUAAUGGUGACAAAUGGCAAAAAUACAGCUGCAUGAAUACAGCAUUGGCAAAUGAAGGGAUCUACUUAAACUGUGAAAAUGGUCAUUUUGAACCAGCAAUUUGUGUGCAACAUUUUGAUAAGAAUGUUUGUUUUGGUUUAUGCAAAGACACACAUUUGUGUACACAACAGUACAUAUCCAGAAGAAAAACAAAAGAAAAGGGUCAUGGUACUUCUAAUGUCUUUAGUACAGUAGGCAACUACUGUUUUUCUAAGUAUUUAAAAAAGAAGCGAUAUUUUCAAAAUCAGACUACAUACCAGGAAAAUGUGUUUCAUAAGGAAAAGUUAAAGGCAAAGAGCAUUAAAAAAUAUCAAGACCAUGUACUGCAUAGGCAAAAAUUGAAGGAAAGUAACAUCAGGAAAUAUAAACAAAAUGUCCUCUAUAGGGAAAGGUUAAAGGAAAUGAGCAUCAGGAAAUAUAAACAAAAUGUCCUCCAUAGGGAAAGGUUAAAGGAAAUGAGCAUCAGGAAAUAUAAACAAAAUGUCCUCCAUAGGGAAAGGUUAAAGGAAAUGAGCAUCAGGAAAUAUAAACAAAAUGUCCUUUAUAGGGAAAGGUUAAAGAAAAUGAGCAUCAGGAAAUAUAAACAAAAUGUCCUUUAUAGGGAAAGGUUAAAGGAAAUGAGCAUUAGAAAAUACAGAUCAAAUGAGCUGCAUAGGCAAAACGUAAAAGUAGUGAGUACAAGAAAGUAUCAUGGAAAUCCAGAACACAAAAGGCGUGUUGUAGCAGGUGUCAGUUUGAAAAGGAAACAAAUGAAAGAAAAGGCUGAGCAAUUUGAUUUUGUUAUGAGUAAUUUUUUGGAUAAAGUAAAAGAUGGGCCAGAUUUUGUGUGUUGUGUCUGCCAUAGGUUGUUGUUUAGACAUCAGGUGCUGAAUUGUGAAAAGAGCCAUUAUAAUAUGACUCAAGCUAUUGCGGUGAUUGCCGAUAGAUGUUUAACUGAAGAUUAUUUACAUAAAUGUAAUGAAGACUGUGUCAGUCCGUGUCACUGGUUGGACACACCUAGAGGUAAACUGUGGAUCUGUUAUACGUGUCAUUAUAAGAUUAAUAAAGGUGAAGUCCCUCCUGAGUCUGCAACCAAUAAUUUGGAAGUUCAUUAUAUUCCACCUGAAUUGGCAUGUUUGAAUAGCUUAGAGCAACAUUUAAUUGCUUUACACAUACCAUUCAUGAAAAUGCUAGCUUUGCCUAAAGGUGGGCAAAAUGGAGUACAUGGACCAGUGACUUGUGUGCCAGCAAACAUUGUGCAAACUACCAAUGUUUUGCCCCGUUCUAGUAUGGAAGGAUCUUUGUUGCCU